CGACUUUCUCCCAACGGCCAUGUCUUCAUAGCGGCCAGCUGUUCAAGCGUGCUAACUAGCAACUAACCAACAGGAGCAGCAUACACCCCUUACCAGAAAAUCCAUCUCACCGCAGCCCCUGGCAGCCCGCACCUGCAGUCCAUAAACAGUCUGUUAACUGUCGAGAGCUCUCCAGGACGGUUCCUGCACGCUCGAGGGCCCAUCAUGGCAGCCCCCGCAACCCCCUCACUCCCCGUCACGCCCGCUGCCCAGAGGCAAGAGCAGCCUACCCCAACUGGCAAGUGGAGGCAUCCCAAGUUCAACGAAAUCACCCGCCGACAGUACGCCACGACCUUCGAUGAGCGCAACGUCCGCCAGCUCGUCAUCAAUGGCCUGCUCCUCACGGGCUCAUUUUCCUUUUUCUCGGUGCUCAGCCAGCUCGUGCUUCUGCGUGCAAUUGCCAACGGCGUCUCGAACUUCAUAAGCAAGAUGCCCUACAAUGCUUGGUACAUCUGGGUAAUCCGAUUCCUAUUUGUCGCGAAUAUGAUCAUCGCCCUGAUGCCCCUCAUCCGCCGCUACUACCCCGACGAGAUCGUCGACAUCCCGCUCACCCCGUCCCAGCGACAGGCAAUGGGUCUUGAUCCCAACGUCUCUACCCCCCACACUCCCGGAUCAGCGUAUGCCUCCCCGAACUACGUCACUCCGCCACGCUACCAAAAGUCCACCCCGCGAAGUAGCUUCAGCGCUCCCCACUCGCCUUUGUCAGGUAGCCCGGCUGCACUGGGAAAGUCAACGUCGAACUCCCCCUUCUCCCCGAGUACAGGAAGCCCGUUAUUUCAGAAGGCCGUGGGUGGUGGGUCAGCAACGAGGAGGCUCAGUUACGACAGCAGGGGAAGUCCUAUGAGCGGCAGCUUCUUCGGAGAGAGCAGCUCCAGCAACGUGCCAGGAACGCCGACGCCCGGAAUGGGGAAAGCGAGCGUGGGACUGAACAACAAGUGGUUAUACGAGAAGAGGAGGGACAGCCCGAGCAGCAAGCUUUUCAACUGACCUCCGGGAUGUGAUUCGGGGAUCUCAUGAGUGUUGGUGGACAUGGCUAAUGAGUUAGCCCUUUUAUACCCGAAUAUAUUGCGUAGGCGUAAAACGGGCAUACGAAUUUCCAUGCGUCAGAGCAGG